CAUUAAAAUUUCUAUUACACCGUAACAAUGUGAAUAGAUAGUCUAUAAUAGUAGUGAUUUAUGGUCCGUUACUGAUAUAAUAUUUCUGUUGUCACGACUGUCAUCGCACUCAUGUUAGUGAAUGUAUACAUCACAACCGGCAAAGUGACAUAAGCCUAACAUGGCUACUGUUAAAGUAACCGAGCAGAAAGUUAUUCUGUGCGGAGAAUACGGUGUUGGAAAAACUUCUAUAUUUAGACGUUUUGCAAACAAUACUUUUAUAGCAAGCAACGAUCGAAAAUCGACACUGGGUCUCGAUAAUAUCGAUAAAGAAUAUGUAGUUGAAGACAGACGAAUACGAUUGCAAUUAUGGGAUACAGGUGGUAUGGAAAGAGUUGCAUCAGUAACAUCAAGCUAUUAUAAAUUUGCAGAAGCUGCUAUAUUAGUUUUUGCACUAGAUAAUUCCACAUCAUUUCAUCUUUUAUCUCAACAUUUGCUUGAUAUUGUUACAUAUGCUGAAAAUGCAAAGAUAUUUCUCUGUGGAAAUAAGAGUGAUUUAGAAAGUUCAUCUCCACAAGUAACAGAUGCAGAAAUGGAACAAUUUUGUGAACAAUGCCAUAAUUUAAUUUCUGGUAUAUAUAAAACAUCCUGUAAGACUGGAGAAGGAAUACAUGAAAUGUUUGAAGAUAUAGCACAACAUUUAGUAGAAGCUAACAGAUCACGAAUGGAAUUGCAUGAAAUGGACAAAGAUAGGUUUAAAAUUUCAUACAUUGAUGAAGCUGCUGAUCCAUCAUGUUUAUGCUAAAUAAUGAAUAUUGACAAAUAUAUGCUCCUGAUGCAACAUUUUUAUAAUAUAAACUUAACACAUUGCAAUAUUUUAUUGCAGAGUGUAAAAUAUCUUUUUGUAUCAAUGAUAAUAGUAAGCUUUUCUAUAUAGAAAAGCACCAUUAAAUAAAAAAUGGGAAAAAA